CUAGAGAGAGAGGCGGAGAGAGAGGAAAACAUUUUCCCGACCUGAUCCCGCCAUAGUUUUUCCCACUCUUCCACCACAGACCAUCACCAAAUCCACCAGUCCACCUCCUCCUCCUCCCCGCUGCUAUAGGCUGCUACAGGCUGCUGCUGCUGCUUUACUCUGCUGGAGCCGCUGCAACUCCACGGAUCCUCCUGCUGCUCCACUCAUACAACUGGAUUAAUUCAACCACCACAUCCGUUAGCACACUUUCAAACCCCUUUAGAUUUUUAUUUAAGUUUGCAGGCGAGAUUUUGCUUUUUUUCGUUUUGCAUUCUGCCCUUUUUUUUCUUUAUUUUCUGGCGUGAUUUCCACUUUCAGCGAGUGUGACAAGUGUGUCAAUAUCUUGUUGCGCUAUCGGCGAAUUCACGCAGAAACUUUUUGCUGAGAUCUUCUGGACUUUUGUGUUUUUCUUUUCGUUUUUUUGGACUAAACAGUUUCAACAUGCACAAGCUGUACAUUGGGAAUCUAGGCGACAGCGUGACUGCCGAGGACUUAGGAAAAACCUUUGACGACCACAAGAUCCCCUACUCCGGACAGUUUCUCAUGAAAACCGGCUAUGCAUUUGUGGACUGUCCGGACGAUCAGUGGGCCAUGAAGGCCAUCGAAACGUUUUCUGGUAAAGUGGAGCUUCAAGGGAAACGUAUUGAGGUCGAACACUCCGUCCCCAAGAAGCAAAGGACCAGGAAACUUCAGAUCAGAAACAUCCCCCCUCACCUGCAGUGGGAGGUGUUGGACGGCCUGCUGGCUCAGUGUGGAACCGUAGAGAACUGUGAACAAGUGAACACAGACAGUGAGACUGCAGUGGUGAACGUCACAUAUGCAUCCAGGGAGCACGCCAGACAAGCGAUCCAGAAGCUCAAUGGUUACCAGUUUGAGAACAAUGCCCUGCGAGUCUCCUACAUACCUGAUGAGAACUCUGAGCUGGAGGGGGGUCAGCGAGGGCCCGACAAUGGCCGGCGUGCAGGCUAUGGGCCCCGAGGAGGCCCCAGAGGAGGCUCUCCGAGCUCCGGCAUGCCCCCGAAACCUCCACACGCUGACAUCCCACUGAGACUGCUGGUGCCAACGCAGUACGUCGGAGCCAUCAUCGGGAAGGAGGGCGCCACCAUCAGGAACAUCACCAAACAGACACAGAGCAAGAUCGAUGUUCAUCGUAAGGAGAACGCAGGAGCUGCAGAAAAGCCAAUCAGCAUCCACUCCACCCCCGAGGGCUGCUCCUCCGCCUGCCGUAUGAUCCUGGAAAUCAUGCACCAGGAGGCCAAAGACACCAAGACGGCUGAUGAGGUUCCUCUGAAGAUUCUGGCUCACAACAACUUCGUGGGACGUCUGAUCGGGAAGGAGGGACGCAACCUGAAAAAAGUCGAACAGGACACGGACACCAAGAUCACCAUCUCACCUCUGCAGGACCUGACGCUGUACAACCCGGAGAGAACCAUCACUGUGAAAGGAUCCAUCGAGGCGUGCUGUCGGGCCGAGAUUGAGGUGAUGAAGAAGGUCAGAGAGGCGUACGAGAACGACAUUGCCGCCAUGAAUCAACAGACUCACCUAAUUCCCGGCCUGAACCUCGGAGCACUCGGCCUCUUCCCCUCCUCCGCCAACAUGCCCCCUCCACCUCCUGGAAAUGCAACUUCUGGUGCCCCCUAUGGGUGCUUUGGGACUCCGGAGCAGGAGACGGUCCACGUUUACAUCCCGGCUCAGGCGGUCGGAGCGAUCAUCGGAAAGAAAGGACAGCACAUCAAACAGCUGAGCCGCUUCGCAGGGGCCUCCAUCAAGAUCGCCCCGGCUGAAAGUCCAGACAGUAAAAUGAGGAUGGUGAUUGUGACGGGACCCCCUGAGGCUCAAUUUAAGGCUCAAGGCCGAAUCUACGGCAAGCUGAAGGAGGAGAACUUCUUCGGACCAAAGGAGGAAGUCAAACUGGAGACUCACAUCAAGAUGGCUGCCGCCGCCGCAGGAAGAGUCAUCGGAAAGGGAGGGAAGACGGUGAAUGAGCUGCAGAACCUGACGGCAGCUGAGGUGGUCGUCCCCCGAGAACAGACACCUGAUGAGAACGACCAGGUCAUCGUUAAGAUUAACGGACAUUUCUAUGCCAGCCAGCUGGCUCAGAGGAAGAUCCGGGACAUCCUGACGCAGGUCAAAUACCCACAGAAAGGCGGGAUGGGGAUGAGCCCCGGCCCCGGCUCCGGCCCUAGCCCCGGGGGCUUCACAGAGAUGGGUAGCCCCACGCAGGGACUCAGUCAAGACCACCAGCCCCGCAGGAAGUGAGAGACCCCGCCUCCUCUGACACGCCACGGGGCACGACGGACAGACAGAUAGACAAACACAUGCACGGACGGAUAGACCAACGGACGGACGGAUAAAAGAGAGCGACACACGGACCCAGCGGUAGACAGGGAGAGAUAUAAAGAGGGAGGGAGUACGCCCGGUCGGCGUUUAGAGAGAAACAGAGAAGAAGAAUAAAAUCAAAAAGAUGAAAUGAAUAAAAAAAGAGAACAGACACCAGAUGCCA